AUCGCAAGUCAGUCGAUCUCACACUGUUGGCGCGAUCGUGAGGUGUGCAAAGUCGUGGGAAGUGUUCACGCCGAGUGUGAUCGCUGUGACACGAUCACGAGGUGCUCUUUUGCGGCGUCAUCGAUCAUCAGAGUGCCAAAUUGGGGCAAAUUGACGUCGUGUGAGGUGCCGCGAGGUGAAUUAAUGAGUCAGUUGUGCGCGCAGACAAUGAUUGUCAGUGUUGGCGAGAUGUGAGCGCAAAAAGCCAGGCAUUGAUCGUUAAAAAUGCUUGUGAUGAGAUGAAGAACGCACAACUUCCGUACAUUUUCAUCGCUCAGUCUCUCUGGGCUUCUCUGUUUAUUCUCUGCAUCACAGUUUGAUGAACUUAUAUUGCAAGCCAAAUGGAAACACUUUUCACUUGAUGUGGUGGAGAUGAAGACACAUAAAGGAUUUUCUGUGCUGGAAAAAUCUCCCAAAAUUCCAUAAUCCGUUCUUACACAAUUUGCUCGCUGAGAGACAAUAUAAUUUUCACAGAGUGUUCCAUAGAAAGUGUCAAAAGAUCUAAUACAGUUCCUCAACUCUAUUAUUGAAUUGAUUCGUGACACAAUAUUAUUUUUCAAUUAGAUUAUUCUGUAAGAUUCUUUGCAUUUUUAGACCAUUUGACACACUCUGUUAUACCAAAAAAAAUAAUUGUUGAAUAACAUUAAAUAUAAUGUGUGGAGUUGAACAUUUUUAAGCUCUGUACAAACAGACGCAAUUGAAUGCUGAUAAGAAAAGUCCCUGGAAUAUUAAAUGGGAGUGUGAAGCGGAGGAAAAAAAAAGAAUGUUGUGCAAAUAAAAAGUAUUUUAAGGUCACAAGAUCAACAUGAAAGAUGAUCAUAUGGGCAAAGUUGUGAGAUAAUGGAGUAAAUAAAGCUGGGGAGGAAGAAUUGAAUAGCUAAUUGAGUCAAACAGCGCUGUUUUGAGAGCUUCAAUUGGCAUUUCACAAUCGUCAUUGAUUUGUUGACACACACCACAGUCCAUUGAGUGAAUAUCAAUUAGUCGCUGGGAAGAAGUGUCUGUUUCUCUGUAGCUCGAAAGUAGCCAAGAGGAAGGAUACACUCGAUCGGGGUGUGGUGUUGGAGAUUAUAUGGGAGAAAAAAUGCAACUAAUAGGAACGUGAUUGUAACAAUAACAUUCCAUGAUAUUCAAGAGUGAGUCUCCGAGAAUAAGAAUAAGAUCAACAAAAACUUCCGCCUCCUCGAAAUCUAUGCGCCGUAAUGCUGUGAAAAACCCACAAAGUCUCACGCUUCAGAAGCCAAUUUCUCUUCCAAUAUUAGAUGCUCGAUAGACUCAAGGUUUAAGCCGAGAGGCGACUGAAAUUCAAAUAAGAGAUUUGUCAAUCUGAACGUAUUUGUGACAAGGCUUAGCACACAUGUAUGUCUUAGGGAGUUAUGACACUACGUUUACUAAGAUUCCGAACGUAGCAGCUUGGGGUUUUAGCAGUUUUGAGCAACUAAGGGAAGUUUUUGUGCUCUUGGCUUUAGCCUCAAGUCUGUCAUGCAUGUUAGAUAUUUCGCCCUGGAUUCUGAUUCCGUGUGACUUGAGAUUCUUUUUCACAGACACUCCAAAAUCAUUCCAAUAUUCAAAUCACCUUCUGCACACUUGAUUGCUCUUUGUGAAAAUACGCCAAGCGAUGAGAGUGUAGCACAAAGAGAUCCUCAGAGGUGGCAAAAUGAGCGCGUAGGCGGGAAAAUGUGGUGAUUCCCGAGACGCGAGCUCAAUCGGCGACGAUCAUGAGAAACAACCAAAGGUAUCACAGGCACAAGACGCGCGACUCCGACUGCUGGAGCAUCAAUUUUCUCAAAUAUGUUUUACACAUCUUCAACACCAUCUUCUUCAUGUCAGGGAUCAUCGUGGCGGGAGUGGCGCUGUGGACCAUCUUCUGGCGACACAAGUACAUUUCGCUGCUCUCGACCUUUAGCUACGCCUUCGGCGCCUAUGCCUUUGUCGUGGCGGGCAUCUUGGCCAUCGUGGGCGGCAUUUGGGGAUGCUGCGGUAUAUGGCGUGAGCAGCGCGCGAUGAUUCUCUGCUACACGUUCAUCCUCUUGGCGGCUCUCUGUUUUGAGGCGUCCGCCGGCUCCAUUGCGUAUCUCUACAACACACUCCUGGACGACGAUCUCAGCUUCAGUCUCAAUGAGACAUUCCUCACGAGCUACGCAAUUGAUCAGGGGCGAACCAAAGCGAUUGAUCAGAUGCAGCAAGAGUACAAAUGCUGCGGAGCUGUGCGGUUCGAGGAUUGGCGACAGAGUCUCUGGAUUACCGGCGAGAGCGAGGAGUUGCUCUUCACGCACGAGGAUCGCGUGGUUCCGGACUCUUGCUGCGUCUCGGCCACGUACUUGUGCGGCUUGCGUGAUCAUCCUAGCAAUAUUUACUACACGGGCUGCAUCUACCAAAUGUCGGAGGACCUCAGGCAUCAUCUCAUAAUCCUCGGAACACUGGCGGCCGGCUCAAGUGUGAUUCCGCUGUUCGGCAUGAUCAUAUCAUGCUGUCUGUACGUGAAGCUUUACAAGUUCAUCGACUAAUUUGUCGAGAAUUCCACGGACGAUUUAUCGCAAUGAUAGUCACACUUUACUUUAAUAACUUUACUUAACUUAUUGUUGUGUCAUCCCAUUUAUAAUGUGAAUAAUUGAAUAAAACCUUUAUAUGUGAUCAUU